UUUCAAACCAGCUUUCGCCCACCAAGUUCCUGUGGCAAUUGAUCCUGCCACAGGUACAUGAAUGCACCCCCUGCUGACAGACUUACACCAGGAAGAGCAGCGUCAUGGUCUCUUCUGGAGGCAGUGGCGCCAACUACCGGCGGCCCCGAGAGGAAAGCGACAUCGCUCGACGGCCGGGGAACCAAACUUACCAGCUGCCGCCCCAUCCCCAUCCCCAGCAGAGGCAGCAGCUGGAUGAUAGCACAAGACAAACGGGAGCAGAUGCUUCGCACUCGAACCAUACCAGCCUUGGUUCUGUGAGCAGUAGGCUGGGUAGGCUCGUGAGACGGCGAUCGCACAUGGUGCACGGCAGAACGAAAAGCAGGAGGUCGUCGAGGUCUGACGACGCACAAGUUUUUGAGGAAGCGCUGGCUGCAGAAGCAGCUCAAAUGGAGCGGGAGAAGGAGUUCCCGAUCCGAGGACUUGCAAGGGCUCUAUCAAACGGUGACCUAUUUUCACACGGCGCGAAAGGCACCAGCGGCAGGGAGCCUUCGAAAACCACAAGCGUCGGACCGAGCCACAAGAAAAAUGUCAGCAGCCUCAUGGGGUUUCUGUGGCCCUCUCCUUCAUCUACAGAAAAGAGGCCUCCUUCGGGGCAAACAUCACUAUCGGCAGCAGACGUUGGGGGAGCGAGCCCAUUCUCCGGCGCGACGAAAGACUAUCCUGCAUCGGCAUCAGGGCGAGAGCAGACCUUGAACUAUCAAGCCUCCGUCAAUCCCCACCACCUCGAAGAAGGCGGCGUUGGCGGCGGCGUGGAUGAGACGCGCCGUCAUCCUGCUGCGGGUUCGAUGGGGCAUGUCAGCGACCGCGUGUCUCUGCCCAACGCUCUCGAUGGAGUUAGAAUUCCAGCAACUCCUCCUCAGCUGGAUGCCACUGAGCAACGGCCCAACUUGGUCCACGUUCGCGAAACGAAAGAGGAGCGGAUAGACACCAGGAGUGAGACAGACCUCAUGAUCGGGGAGAUUCAGAGCAUCCAAAUCGCGGACGAAAUCGUGCUGGCGAGGAAGGCUCUGAUGUUGAUCUUGGGCAGCCUUGUCGUGGCCACCUUGUUCCGCGAGUUUGCGGGACGCUUGGAUAAAGACGUGAACAUCGUCAAUGUAGUCGGGUUUGCGUCGACAAUCUUCCUCUCCUACCCGAUGAUCCGCUUCACGAUAAGGCUGUUCGCCUAUUUUCUCACCACGAGGGCGUCGGCCCUCCUCUACAGAGGGAACAGUUUUUACUACGUUGUCGCCCUGCACCAGGACAUCUCCAUGACCAUCUGGUCUGUCGCUUCCAUGUUCGUGUGGAGGCAGCUGUUUGCCGGAUGGGUGUAUCCCACCGACAGUGAGCUAUCCGGCAAGACAUACCGCUACGGCGACGAAUUGUUCCAGUGUUACGUGGCCUACCGAGUCGGUAUGCUUUUGAAGAACUUCUUGGUGCUGCUGGUGGCCACUUCUUACCUCUGGCGACCCUACUUGCAACGGGUGCAGAGCAGCAUCCUAGCGCAGUAUAUCCUGCUGCUGCUGACGGACUACGCUGCCACGGGCAAGUGCAACCCAGACGACCAGAAGUUCGCGAUUGAGAUGGGGCGGCGAGGAAUCAAGGAGCAGGAGAAGAUCUCGCUAUAUGCCGUUUCGAAGGCGAUGGGCUUCAUUCCCAGGCACAAGCUCGGGCACGCUUUCUUCCGCGAGCUAGGCGGGUCCAACACGCUGAACUCCAGCAGGGACGCCAAGACCCUCGGAGAAUACAUGUUCGACCAGCUUCUCCUCAGGAGUCGCACGUACUCCCCGGGAUGCACCCCGCCCGCUUCCCCCUCGACGAAGCGCUGGGCGUACCUGGCGAACGUGGGCCAGACCGUUCUCGGCGGUGGCAGCAACGCGAACACUUUGAUGAGCGCUAGGUCUUUUCGCGGCGGUCGACUCGGCCCGAGCAACCGCGCGAGCUUGCCCUCCUCGUGGACGGCAAGCGACGUAGGCAGCCUAUCGCCCGCGAAGGGAACUUCUUCCGACGCAACAUUGAAGCCUCCGCCGAGGACAAGAUCGCGUUCGGGAGCGGAGGAACGGGCCGCAGGUAGCGCGCCCCGCGAAGCUGGCGGCGGGUCUCCGAUCGUCACCAGGGGCUCGAGCAAACUUUCAAGCAGUGUCGACAAGAUGCGUAUGGGCCCCAAUGCCAGAGCUGCCAGUGAUAGCGCCGCCGGCGCCGCCGCAGUCACUGUCGACACGGCCGAUGCGAGUGAUGCCGGUAGCAGCGAGAGACCGAGGAACGAAGUUUUGCCGAGCGAGGGCGGUGGCGGAAUGGCUAGGUUCAGAGAGUUCCACGGAGGAGGUAAAAGAGCCCUGUCGGUCAUACAAGACGUCGACUCGUUCGCAGACAGCGAGCUCUUCGUCGCUGGCGAGUCGAAGGCGGAAGGCACCGCCAGUGGCGGAGAAAUGGAGUUUCCGUCGCUUCGUGUGGUCGAUGGUAUGGCGCCGAGGCACGGUCACGAUGUGGCCGAGCUUGCGAAGGAAAUCGCAAACGGAGGCAGUUUUAGCAGUCAGGAUCGCAACGACAACGACGCCGGAGAUGCCAGCAGGGGCAAAGAUUCUGCUGACGGCACCGUUCAGAAAGAGCACGAGGAGAGCAUCGUUCAAGGGAACGGUAGCACACAGAAGGGGGGAAGCAGCGACGAGGUAGAUAAGCCUCAGGAGGAAGAAUUGCUGACCAGGGAAACCCUGUGUCCAAUGCUGGAAGAGCAGGUGCUGGAGAUGGCAUUCACGAUCUUUGACAUGGACAACAAUGGCUCCAUCACGAAGGCGGAAAUGGUGCUGGGAGUCGUGGAUACGUUCAAGGACCACAGGAGCCUCGCACACACCCUACACGACAGCGAGCACAUUGCGCGGAAGCUCGGCCUCAUCAUCUUUUGGCUCAUAUUGUUCAUCCUUGCCUUCGUGUGGCUGUCGAUCCUGGGGUUCGACGUGCUCUCCUUGAGCGUGACGUUCGCGUCGUUCUUGAUCGCCUUCUCCUUCAUGAUCGGCACCGCGGCGAGUAACCUCAUGACCGCGGUUCUCUUCAUCUUCGUGUCGAGGCUGUACGACGUUGGGGACCGGGUGCACAUCUACGACGAUGUCCAGACCGCGGGUGUGGAGCCCAUGAAUGUAGUGGUGACCAAGGUCGACCUGAGGACGACUUCCUUCAGGCGUUGGGACGAACAGAUCUUCUACAUACCCAACCACCUGCUGGCGGAGAAAACGAUCGUCAACAUCCAGAGGACGGCUCACCAGUGGCACGAGUUCUACAUUCACGUUGCGGCAACCACCUCGAGCCGCAAGCUGGAAACACUUCACAACGCCCUACAACAGUUUGCCAAGAAGAAAGACAAGCCUGAAGGCCUGUACCCGCGCAUGGGCUUCUCGCUGACGGGAAUAGAGGACAGCACGAGACUGUCCAUCCGGAUUGUCUUCCGGCAGAGGGGCAACUGGCAGAGCAUGGAAAAAAAAUGGGCCUGCCAGAGCAUGUGUACCUGGGCCAUCAAGAAUGCGUGCGAUACCAUUGGCAUCACCUACUAUCUGCCGGAGGUUCCUGUCGUUAUGAAGAACAAGAUGUCUUGAUUUUUUGAAGUCCCGUUUGUAGAGUACCGCCUGCCAUGGCCACUCAUUGUUUUAAUAUAGUUGUGCCCUGCUUGCCAAGUGUUGGACGGUGAGAGUUGUUUUGUAUUGUGUGCGUAUCCUACAGUUUCUGGCGUGUUUUUGUGGUGUCCGUCUCACUAAACCCCAAGAUGGCACUUGUUCUCUGAGUGCGUGUUCCGCCCUUGGUAUCAGUCGUUCAGCAGCUUGACGUAAAGACAUCCGCGGGAAGGAUAUACUGGCCGGGGCCUUUUCCUCUGUUUUCAUGGAUCAUUAGUCUCCACGGUCGCUGCGUUCCUUUCUGCAACCAGGACAUUGAAGUGGCAACGGUGCGUUACUCUAAAGUGGCAGGCCACCGAUCGCCCCCCCUUCCGCCGGUCAAACACCCAUCAACCUUGUAUGUUAUCUACCCAAAUUGAGUUGCGCAUGUGUCAAUUGCUUUUGUGAAAAGGGGGGUUUAUGUGUUUGCAUUGUGGAGGAUGCUUAUCUGGCUGUCGGCGAUUUUUCGCGAUUUGAUCACAACACGUGUGGUGUUGAGUGCUCGAGUGAGACAUGAAUACUCUCGUUGAUCCUUGUCACUGACGGGUUUUCCCCUCCUCGUUUCUCCCUGUGUUCAUGCAUCGACCUGAAAGUGCCCAUUUGUUGGUAACAGCCCUUGACUUUUUUUGUUGUGUGUUCAUGAGGGAGUCUGACUGCGAGGGCUUAUGUGUAGCACUGAUUUUUCUCCUGUCGUCUGAUUCAACAGGAAGUCGGAAGUACAGGUUAGGACGUGGGUAUCCUGACGGAAUGUUCAUCGGAGGUGUUGUGGAUGGAGCAAGCGAGAAGAUUACGAAAGCUGUGUGUUGACCGUAGACCGUGAAGAUUAAGUGCCUUGACGCAAUGAAUACCGGGUGUCCCUUCGCUUGUUCCGCCGUUGAGGUGUGUGCUUGAUCUUUGAGAUCCAAGUGGCGUCGGGUGAUGUAUCCUGUUGAUUGGCCGGAACUUGUGCUUGUCACUACUAUAUGUUCGCGCCGUGAAAUGCACCCUCUAAGCGCUUGAUCAUACCAGCCAUGCGGUUGCCCUUUUUGUCGCGCCUGCAUCAGAUGGGUCCGGACUCGUGCAUUGUGUGUACUUAAACGAAUCCGAUAUUCCAGGAAU